CCUCCCCAGACAGAGGCCGGGCACAACCUUCCUGUGUGGUUUCAGCUGCCGAGAGUGUCAUGGACCUGGGGAAGCCAAUGAAGAGCGUGCUGGUGGUGGCCCUGCUCGUCAUCUUCCAGGUGUGCCUGUGCCAGGAUGAGGUCACGGACGAUUACGUCGGAGACAACACCACAGUGGACUACACACUGUACGAGUCCGUGUGCUUCAAGAAGGACGUGCGGAACUUUAAAGCCUGGUUCCUCCCGGUCAUGUACUCCAUCAUUUGCUUCAUGGGCCUGCUGGGCAACGGGCUGGUCAUGCUGACCUACAUCUAUUUCAAGAGGCUCAAGACCAUGACCGAUACCUACCUGCUCAACCUGGCCGUGGCGGACAUCCUCUUCCUCCUGACCCUUCCCUUCUGGGCGUACAGUGCGGCCAAGUCCUGGGUCUUCGGGGUCCACGUCUGCAAGCUCAUCUUUGGCAUCUACAAGAUUAGCUUCUUCAGCGGCAUGCUCCUGCUUCUCUGCAUCAGCAUCGACCGCUACGUCGCCAUCGUCCAGGCCGUCUCGGCCCACCGCCACCGUGCCCGCGUCCUUCUCAUCAGCAAGCUCUCCUGCGUGGGCAUCUGGCUGUUGGCCGUGGUGCUCUCCAGCCCAGAGCUGCUGUACAGCGGCAUUCAGAGGAGCAGCACGGAGCAAGCGCUGCGGUGCUCCCUCAUCACCGAGCGCGUGGAGGCCCUGAUCACCAUCCGGGUGGCCCAGAUGGUGGUAGGCUUUCUGAUCCCCCUGGUGGCCAUGAGCUUCUGCUACCUCCUCAUCAUCCGCACCCUGCUCCAGGCGCGCAACUUCGAGCGCAACAAGGCCAUCAAGGUGAUCAUUGCCGUGGUCGUGGUCUUCGUAGCCUUCCAGCUGCCCUACAACGGGGUGGUCCUGGCCCAGACGGUGGCCAACUUCAACAUCACCGGCGGCACCAGCUGCGAGCUCAGCAAGCAGCUCAACAUCGCCUACGACGUCACCUACAGCCUGGCCUGCAUCCGCUGCUGCGUCAACCCUUUCUUGUACGCCUUCAUCGGCGUCAAGUUCCGCAGCGACCUCUUCAAGCUCUUCAAGGACCUAGGCUGCCUCAGCCAGGAGCGGCUCCGGCAGUGGUCCGCCUGCCGGCACGCCCGGCGGUCCUCCAUGAGCGUGGAGGCUGAGACCACCACCACCUUCUCCCCGUAG